UCUCUGGUUUGCAUGAUAGGUUGAAAUGUUGAAUGAAUCUAUCAAUACCCUUACACAAUUACGAAAUCUUAGGUAGAGAAGGCAUCAAGGACACGAGAAGAUUCCAGUCUGAGUCAAUCUAAGGUCAAAAUUCUCAUUGACGACAGCAGCCGAUCACCGCCGUCCCCGCCACCAUGGACGUCGGCGACCUGAGCAAUGGCACUGCAUCAGAACCACCUAAAGGUUCCACAUCCCGUCUAACUCCACUGAUCAUUGACGAACUUUCGGGGCUCUCUCUGGGGGACGACGAAGAGGCCCCCGUAGAGGAGUCCAAACCUGUGAAGGACCCGAGGAGAAUUGCCAGGAAGUAUCAGAUCAAUCUUUGUGAGAAAGCUUUGGAAGAGAACGUUAUUGUAUAUUUAGGAACAGGUUGUGGGAAAACGCAUAUUGCUGUUUUGCUUAUGCAUGAGAUGGGCCACUUGAUAAGGAAACCCAAGAAGAAUGUAUGUGUCUUCCUUGCUCCAACAGUGGCUUUGGUUGAGCAGCAAGCCAAAGUCAUUGAAGAAUCAGUUGAUUUUAAAGUUGCAACAUAUUGUGGGAACUUAAAGCAUUUAAAAAACCAUCAUGACUGGGAGAAGGAAUUAGAACAUUAUGAGGUUCUUGUUAUGACCCCUCAAAUACUGCUACAAAACCUUUCCCACUGCUUUAUCAGGAUGGAAAAAAUUGCACUUCUUAUAUUUGAUGAGUGUCACUAUGCACAAACUGAAAGCAAUCACCCGUAUGCUGAGAUUAUGAAGAUUUUUUACAAUUCUGAUUCAGAAAAACUGCCCCGAAUAUUUGGCAUGACUGCAUCUCCCAAAUUAGGGAAAGGUGCUUCAAUUCAAGGUCUUGAGAAUGUACUACGUGCUAAGGUUUAUUCAGUUGAAGAUAAAGAUGAACUAGACCAAUUUGUGGCAUCUCCAAAGGUCAAUGUUUACUAUUACAGAUCAACCACAGAUGGUCCUGUUAUGAUUUAUUCUAAUAAACUUGAGAGGCUAAAGCACCAGUUUGUGACAGACUUGCACAAGCAAAGUGGUGAUCAGACUAUUCUUAGGAACACAAAAAAGUCACUUCAAAGGUGUCAUUCUCAUCUGAUCUUCUGUCUUGAAAACCUAGGCCUUUGGGGGGCAUUACAGGCUAGCCGUAUCCUUUCAAAGGGCGACAAUUAUGAGAGCUAUGAACUGUUUGAGCCAGAACGGAAUGGCAGUGUCAACUCUCUAUGUGAUAAUUAUUUAAUUCCAGCUGCUGCAAUAUUUGCUUCUGGUUGUAACAGGGAUGGGGUUACAAAUGAUUUGGAGCUUCUUGAAGAACCAUUUUUCUCCAAAAAGCUGUUGUUACUGAUUCAAAUCCUUUCUAACUUUAGGGUACGACCAGACAUGAAAUGCAUAAUUUUUGUCAAUAGGAUUGUGACUGCAAGAUCUUUGUCAUGUAUACUUCAGAAUCUGAAGCUUUUAACUUCAUGGAAGUGUGGUUUCCUUGCUGGGGUCCACUCAGGAUUGAAGAGUAUGUCACGCAAGAAUACAAAUACCAUUCUUGACAAAUUCCGCUCUGGUGAGCUCAAUUUGUUAGUUGCAACCAAGGUUGGAGAGGAAGGUUUAGAUAUUCAGACAUGCUGCUUGGUAAUACGUUUUGAUCUUCCGGAAACUGUUGCCAGUUUUAUACAGUCAAGAGGUCGUGCCCGCAUGCCGAUUUCAGAAUAUGCUUUUAUGGUCAACAGUGACAACCUGAGGGAGCUCCAGUUAAUCAAUCAUUUUAAAAGAGAUGAAGCACAGAUGAAUGAAGAAAUUCUGACCAGAAAAUCUUCAGGGGCAUUCAGCGAUUUCAAUGAAAAAACAUACAAAGUGGAUGCAACUGGAGCAACUAUCAGCUCUGCAUCAAGUAUUUCAUUACUUCACAGAUAUUGUUCAAAGCUUCCACAUGAUGAGUUUUUUAUCCCCAAGCCACAGUUCUAUUAUAUUGAUGACACUGAAGGAACUAUUUGUCGGAUAAUUUUACCUGCUAAUGCUGCAAUUCAUCAAAUUGAAAGUUCACCGCACUCGUCAAUAGAAGCAGCUAGAAAGGAUGCCUGCUUGAAAGCAUGCAAGACCUUGCAUGAACUUGGAGCUCUUUCUGACUAUCUUUUAAUAGAUCCAGAUGAUAGAGAUGACUCAAUGCAAGAUUUUUCUGAUUCAGAAGAUUCUGAUGAUGAGGGUUCACGAAAAGAACUCCAUGAGAUGCUUGUUCCAGAUGCCUUUAAAGAAUCAUGGAGUGAAACAGAAAGUCCUGUUUGUCUUCACUCCUACUAUAUCAAGUUUUCUCCUAAUCCUGUUGAUAGGGAUUAUAAGAAGUUUGGCUUGUUUGUCAAAGCAGCUCUUCCAAGAGAUGCUGAGAGCAUGAGACUUGAUAUUCACUUGGCUAGAGGUAGAUCUAUAAUGACAGUUCUUUUUCCCCAUGGAGUUGUGAAGUUUGACGCCAAUGAGAUAAAACUAGCAGAACAGUUCCAGCAGAUGUUCCUAAAGGCUAUUCUUGACCGGAAGGAGUUAAUUCCAGAAUUUGUUUCAUUGGAAAGAAAGGGUCCUAGGGACUCAAGUUCAACAUUUUUUCUGUUGCUUCCUGUAAAUUUGCAUAAAGAUAACAAUUUUUUUGUUGACUGGAAACUUGUGAGAAGGUGUUUGUCAUCACCAAUUUUUAAGACCCCAGAGGAUGUUAAGGAUGAUGGGAUUUCUCAAUUUCAUAUCCAGCUUCAACUUGCUAAUGGUCCAAAAAGUAGAAGUGAUGUUGUGAACAGCUUGGUGUAUAUGCCGUGCAAGGAAAAGGAAGCAUUUUUCUUCAUCGCUGAUAUUGUUGUGAACAAAGAUGGGUACAGCUUGUUUAAAGAUUCCAGAGAUCACGUGACACACUAUGCUGACCAGUAUGGCAUUCAUCUUUUAUACCCUGAACAGCCGCUUCUAAAAGCAAAACCACUUUUCUGUCCGGACAACUUACUAAGAAAGAAGGGAAACACAGAGAUGCGUGAAAAAGAGGAGUACUUUGUUGAACUGCCUCCAGAACUCUGUCAACUAAAGAUUAUUGGUUUCUCAAAAGAUAUUGGAAGUUCAUUAUCCAUUUUACCAUCCUUUAUGCAUCGCCUUGAAAGUUUGCUUAUUGCUAUUGAAUUGAGGAAGCAACUAGCUGCUGCUUUCCCUGAGGGAGGUGAAGUCACUUUGGACCAUGUUCUUGAAGCACUCACAACAGAGAAAUGCCUUGAACACUUUUCCCUUGAAAGGCUUGAAGUGCUUGGUGAUGCAUUCCUUAAGUUUGCAGUUGGGAGGCAUAUAUUUCUCUUGAACAAUGCCCUAGAUGAAGGACAGUUGACUAAAAAGCGUUCAAAAAUUGUAUGCAAUUCCAACCUUCAUAAGCUGGCAAUAAAAAGUGGUUUACAGGUAUAUAUUCGUGAUCACACAUUUGAACCUGACCAGUUCUAUGCACUAGGUCGUCCCUGCCCUGUAAUAUGUAGCAAGCAAACAGAGGACAGCAUACACAUGCUUUCUAAUUCCAGUACCAUGACAAAUGGUGCCAACUCUGAAGUUAGGUGCAGCAAAUCUCAUCGCUGGUUGAUGAAGAAAACAAUUGCAGAUGUGGUUGAAGCCCUUAUUGGUGCAUUUAUAGUUGAUGGUGGCUUCAAAGCAGCCACUGCAUUUCUCAAAUGGAUUGGCAUCCAAGUUGAUUUUAGUGCCUCACAAGUUAUUAAUGUCUGCUCUGCAAGCACAAGGUUUAUGGCCCUUGCUGACAAAAUAGAUCUUACAGGUCUUGAAAAAUUAUUGGAUCAUGACUUUGUCCAUAAGGGUUUGCUUAUACAGGCUUUUAUUCAUCCCUCUUAUAACCAUCAUGGUGGAGGUUGUUACCAGAGACUGGAGUUCCUUGGGGAUGCUGUCCUAGAUUAUUUAAUCACAUCCUAUAUCUAUUCAGUAUAUCCUAAACUGAAGCCUGGCCAGUUUACUGAUUUGAGAUCAGCAUCUGUUAACAAUAAAACCUUUGCUGACAUUGCUGUAUGCCGAUCCCUCUACAGACAUAUUAUUUGUGAUGCACCCAACCUCCGUGAGUCAAUCACUAGUUAUACCAAUUUCAUGGGAAAAUCUGCUUCUGAAAAAGGUGAAAUUGAAAAGCCAUAUUGUCCAAAGGUUCUUGGUGACCUUGUGGAGUCUUGUAUGGGUGCUAUUCUCCUUGAUACAGGGUUUGAUUUGAACUAUGUUUGGGAAAUAAUGCUCUCUUUGGUGGAUCCUACCAGUAGUUUUUCAAAAUUGCAGCUUAAUUCUGUUAGGGAACUUCAUGAGUUUUGCCAAUCUUAUGGAUGGGAUUUGAAAUUUCAUAAAAUAAAGAAUGAUGGGCAAUCUGGAAUUGAAGCAGAAGUGAUUGGGAAAGAUGUUUCUACUAGUGCCUCUGCUACUAACAGACCUAUAAAAACUGCUAAAGAAAUGGCAGCAGAACACACACUUAAACUCUUGAGGGCUAAAGGCUACAAAUCCAAGAUAAAACCACUGGAGGAAGUGCUGAAAACUGCUGUCAAGAUGGAACCCAAAUUGGUUGGAUAUAAUGAAGUACCUUGCCUUGUCACUGCUGAAUUUGGAAAUUUGACAUUGCAGCAAAUUUCUGAAAGUAGUUGUAACAUAAACACAAGACCACUUACUGAAGUACUCUCCAAGAAUUUCCAUGCAAAAGCUAAACCUAUGAGAAAUUUUGUGUUUUCGGAUGAGACUGAAGGGCAUUCUAGGCAGGCCAUUGGGUGUAAUGACGGCAGUGCAGAUUCUCAUGUUACAGGGGCUUCCCGGAGUGCAACCGCCAAGUCAUUUUUGCAUGAAAUCUGCACUGCGAACUGUUGGAAGCCUCCUGUAUUUCAAUGUUGUGAUGAAUCAGGUCCAAGCCACUUAAAACGGUUCAGGUUCAAAGUGACUGUGGAAAUCGAAGAGAAGGCCAGAGUCUUGGUGGCUUUCGGGGAACUGCAGCUGAGAAAGAAGGAUGCUGCAGAGCAUGCUGCUGAAGGGGCGCUUUGGUUCCUGAAGAGUGAAGGAUAUCUAUAGGACUAAGUAUGAGUUAGCUUGUUCUAAUCUGAGGAUGCUUUUGAUAAAUGUAAUGCUGGCUGUAAUUGUUUAGUACCUUAAAAUAAUGACACUAUAGUCUAGGGAUGAUUUGUCCUAGUACUAUGAUCUUCCUUAUCCAGGUUACUCCUCAUAUCUAUAGAGAAUUUCUGUAUAACAACACUUUGGUGCAUCCUAUGAUGAUUAGAGAUGAAGGUUGUAUUUGCACUUUACUUUGUUAUAUGAUGUUGGCUGACCAAAUCAGUACAAAUCAAACUAGGAUUUUACUAAAAGCACUCCAAUCAGUACAAAUCAUUGUUCAUGAGGC